AUGGCGGGGGAUAUUGUGGUGGGGAUUCUCUAUAACUUAGUAUUACCUCUUCUUCUGCUUGCAGGAAAAACAGGGAAGUUCCUGCAGCUCAUCUGUUCCACCAGCGUGACGUUUCUGGCUCUCCAGUGUUUCAUGCAGAUCACUUUUGCCUACGUACCUCAGAACGAGAACGAAUAUUGGGAAAAUGUUCUCUACCAUUUGGGCAUUGUACGGUUCAGUUUGGUGGAUGCAGGGAACACUUUGCGUCUCUUAGCCCCUGAUCUGGGGCUCUUCCUGUCUGGGCUCAUCAUACUCUGCCUGGUCAGGAAGCUGCUGUGCCCCGCGCCACAACUUAAUGUCCACGAGAACUGCAUCAAACCCUCUGACCCUGAGGAUGUGGAGAUGUCCGACUCAGAGUCUGAAGUCGAAAGUGAUGUCACAGAUGGCUUGUCCUGUGACAGCUCAGACGAAAUCACAGCGGCGCCGGUAACCCCUCCUCAGUUUGUCCAGAAGUUCAUUGCAUUUGCCCUUGGACUGCGCCUCUUGCUGUCCGCCAUCAUGAGCACAGCAGGGAAAGUAGUGGUCACCGUACUACUGGGGCUGGCAGGCAUCGCCCUACCCUCCCUGACUUCGGCAGUGUAUUUCGGGACGUUCCUAGGCCUGGUGUGGUGGUGGGUGUUUCUCCGCUCCCUCAGCCUGCUGUUUUUCAGUACCCUCUGUGUGAUGAUGGCUAUAUUCAGCGCUGGUCACCUGCUGAGCCUCUACCUGUACCAGCUGCCCCUGGCCCAACAGAUCGUACCCCCACAGGACAUCUACGCCAGGCUGUUUGGUAUGACAGCGUUCAUCCGGACCAAUGAGACUGAGCCAUACAGUCUGGGUCUGCAGGCAGAUGUCAGCUGGCCUGUCUUCAUCAACCCCAUGGUGCUGCUGCUCCUCUAUUACACAAUGGUGUCUUUGCUGCACAAGUGGGUCUACAUCACUGAAGAAGAGGAUACUCUGGUGAAGUCUGAGAGUCCAGUAGAAAUCCCUGAGGAUCCCCCCAGCUUCUCCAAGAUCUUAUUCAUCUCAGGAGACCGACUGGAGCUACUGACCAGUACGGAUGAGGAAACUUACAUGCCAGAUGAGGAGGUGCAGGAGGGGAUGAGUGAGGUGUCUAUGAGGGAGAGGAGGAGUGAGGUGUCUAUGAGGGAGGGGAUGAGUGAGGUGUCUAUGAGGGAGGAGAGGAGUGAGGUGUCUAUGAGUGAGGGGAGGAGUGAGGUGUCUAUGAGGGAGGGGAGGAGUGAGUUGUCUAUGAGGGAGGGGAGGAGUGAGGUGUCUAUGAGCGAGGAAGAGAAUGGCCCCAGUGGACUGGCUGUGUUUGGCCUGUUCAUCAUGAAGCACAGCUACAUCAGCGCACUCAUCAUCAUGAUGGUGUGGAGCAUCACCUAUAACAGCUGGCUGACGUUCGCCCUGCUGGUGUGGUCGUGUGUGAUCUGGAUGAUGCGUGACCGCCGGCGCUACGCCAUGAUGAGCGCUCCCUUCCUGGCGGUGUACGGCACCUUGCUGUUGCUGCUCGCCUUCCUAAGCGGCCUGAGGCUGCGGCGGGAUGAACUGUACCCUGGCCUGCCACAUGCCGUGCUGGUGGACUUUGACAUGGCCAUCUACCCAGCACCCUGCAUCCACCUGGGAGGCAAGGUGUUGUACACCUUCAGCUUUUGGCUGCUGUUCCGCCAACAACAGAAGGAGAAACAGGAAGAGCAGGAUCUCAAGGAGUCUGACGAGUCUCUGGAGGAAGUGAAAGUACUCCCACCGGAUGAAGGGGAAACCUCUCCCAUAAUGGAGAUGCUGGGUUCAGCGGUCAAAGGAACCCUGGUGAAGUACUGGAUCCUGUUCUGUUGCUACAUGUUCUUUGUGGUCAGCUUCUCUGGGAAGGUGAUGGUCUACAAGAUCCUCUACAUCGUGCUGUUCCUCUUCUGUGUCGUCCUCUACCAGAUCCGUUGUGACGUGUGGAGGCGAGUGCUGAAGUACUUCUGGGCGGUGGUGGUGGGCUACUCCAUGGUGGUCCUGAUUGCCAUCUACAUGUACCAGUUCAAGACCAUUUCUGGCCUGUUCAGACAGAUCAUGGGCAUGUCUGAGGAAGGUCUGCGUGAUCUCGGGUUGGAGCAAUAUGAUACUGUGGAGCUGUUUGCUCGGAUCCUCCUCCCUGCAACCUUCCUAUUGGCCUGCAUCCUGCAGCUUCACUACUUCAACCAGGACUUCCUGGAUCUCACCAACCUGGACAACGUACCUGUCCACCAUGGACCAACCAGAGAGGAGGAGCUGAGGAACUCAGUCAAUGUGAUAGCUGACAUGAUGGCGAAGGAGCAGAGUGAGCAGACGAGUGGGGAGUCGGAACGUGUGGGGAUACAGGACACGUUGGAGAAUGAUGGACUCUCUGCCUCAUCAGAGAAACCUGAGGAGGAGCAGGAAGGAACAGUUCCCCCAGAGGAGCGUCUGACCCAGUGGGGGUUGAUAGUGGACCGGGCCAGCCUGCUGCUGUUCCAGGCUCUGGCUAUCUUCCAGCGGGCUCAGGAGAUGGGCUGGAGGCUGCUGGAGGUUCACAGCCUCAAGAUUGUUUCCACUGGCAUCAUCUGGGUGUCCCUACAAGAGGUGUCCCUGAUGAACUUCAUGUUCCUGGUUCUGUGGACCUUCGCCCUGCCCUUCCCCCGGCUCCGCCCCAUCGCCUCCAGUGUGUCCUCGGUCUGGGCCUGUGUCAUGGUGGUGUGUAAGAUGCUGUACCAGCUCAAGGUCAUCAAACCUUUGGAGUACUCCUCCAACUGCACUGCUAGCCUUGUGUCAGCUAAUGGGACAGGGCUGGAGGGGAACAUGGCAGAGCUGCUGAGGAGGUCUGUGCUGUAUGUUAAGCCUGUUGACCCAGCCAUAUGGUGUGGAGCGCUGCGCAAGUGUGAAGACAGGAUCCUGCCCUGUCUCAGCAACCACCUGAUGGUGCUGGGGCUGCUGGUGUUUGAGGUGACGGUCUCUAGACACCAGCUCUACUACCGUCUUCACAACAACCUCAAGGUCCCCACCUUCAGCAUUAUCUUCCAGGGCAUCACACGCCAGCACCUGGACCAUGGCAUCCUGCCCUGCAUCAAAUACUUCAUCAACUACUUCUUCUACAAGUUUGGCCUGGAGGUGUGCUUUGUGGUGGCGGUGAAUGUGAUUGGCCAGCGGAUGGAUUUCUACUCGCUGCUGCACUCCUGUGCUCUGAUGGCCGUUCUAUCACGACGACGCAGGAAGGCCAUGGGGGAAGUGUGGCCUAAGUACUGCUGCUUCACUGCAAGCCUCAUGGUGCUGCAGUACCUGCUCUGUAUCGGCAUCCCUCCCGCUCUCUGUGUCGAUUAUCCAUGGAGGACCUCCAGUCAGGCUUUGACCUCCAACCUCAUCAAGUGGCUUUACCUGCCUGACUUUGCCAUGCGUCCCGCCCCUUCCUUCAUCCUCUACGACCACCUCCUGCUGCUGUGCUCCACGCUGCAGUGGCAGGUGUUUGAGGAGGAGAACCGGGCCGCCGUGCGCCUCAUGGCAGGGGAGAACGUGGAGAUCAGCCGCAGCCUGGACCCGCGUUCUUUCAACCAGUACAUUCCCGUCAACAACUUCCUCCAAUGCAGGUCCUACCUGGACAUCGCCAAGGUUUUUGUGUUCAGCUACUUCUUCUGGCUAGUGCUGUGCCUCAUCUUCAUCACGGGCACCACCCGCAUCAACAUAUUCUGCCUCGGCUACCUGGUAGCCUGCUUCUACUUCAUGCUGUUUGGAGGAAGCCUGCUAAUGAAGCCCGUACGAAACAUCCUCAGGCUCUGGGACUGCCUCAUCGGAUACACUUGCUUCGUCAUUGGCAUGAAGAACCUGCUAUCUCUUGGCUCGUGUGCUUAUCUGGACAGCCUGUUGAAGAAUGGCUGCUGGCUCAUUCAGGCCUUCAGCAUGGUCUGUACAGUCAAAGGCUAUGAUGUCUCUGCUCCUGAUGAUGAGUGUGAGCUGCCGGAGGGGGAGGCGGGCAUCGUGUGGGAUGCGAUCUGCUUCACCGUGCUCUUGGCUCAGAGAAGGGUUUUCCUCAGCUACUACUUCCUGUAUGUGGUGUCUGACCUCAGGGCCUCCAAGAUCCUGGCCUCCAGGGGUGCUGAGCUCUUUGAAGUCAAGGUGAAGAAACUGGUUGCUGCCAGACUGGAGAUGGAGAGGAAGUCUGUGGCGACGCUGAAGAAGCAGAUGGAGAAGAUCAAAUCCAAACAUAAGAGUAAGCCUGGCCAGGGAGACGCAGCAAUGCCCCCUGCUGAUAUCGUGCCAAAGGGUGAGAGUGAGAAGGCUGUGAACGAUCAGGGGAAAUGGUGGAAACCAUGGGUCUCACGGCCUGGCGUUGAGAACAACUGUGGCUACCAUCUUUUUGAGAGUGACAGUGAAGAGGAAGAGGAGGAAGUCCAGGAAAAGGAAGAGGAAGAGGCUCCACUAAAGAAGAAAUCUGCUUUUCAGAUAGCCUAUGAGGCAUGGGCCACAAGCUCCAAAGCAGCCCUGGAUUUGCACAAAAAAGAAGAGAACAAGAUGAAAAAUGAGGAGAAGAGGAGGGCAAAGAGAGAGCUGCAAAGACAGCAAGGCAUUGAGAGAGCCGAGUCUCAGGAGUUGGACGAGUUGGAGGUGGAAGAGAGUGAUGAAGAGGAGGAGAAAGAAAAUAUAUUUCAGAGGAUCAUCUACUCACUCAAGUUUUUAUGGGUGUUUAUCCUGUCCCUUUUGGAUGACAUCACUGAGGGCCUUAACUCUUUCUGCAAAGAUAACCAGGACAUCACCAAAGUGCUGCGCUUUGAGAGGGCUCUUCUAGGCCAGCAACAGAAAAAGGGGAAAGAAGUGUCACAGGAGAGCGUGACGCGCUUCUAUGAGAACUGGAUGUCUAGGCAGAACACUCUGGCCUCGCUGGAAGAACAAGAUGACAUAGUUCUCCCCAUCUCCUCCCCACCACCUGUACCCUCAUCACCGCGAGGUUACUCAAAGCUGAAACACGCCCAUUCCAAAAUCUCCUGGGGUAGCAGCUUGUCCAGCUGCGUGACGGAUGAGACCCUGCUGGGGUCUCGACAGCCCACUCUGGAUGAGCUGGAUGACCCUCCUCUACUCCAGCCAACUGCCGAGCAACUCAGACGGAAACUACUGAAAACUGCCAACCUGGACCUUGGCUCAUUUGACAGCGAAUGUGAUGAGAAGUGCGAAGAUUUCCCAGACUCCCCCCGGCCUCUGAGCGAGACCAGGAACAUCACGGCUAGUGAGCUGCUGCUCAACAACAUGUUUGAUAACGAGGAAAUUGAAGAGUCUGAUAAGUUUUUCCAGUCUCUCCCGAGGCACCUGAGACUGGUGUUUGCCCUGUACAACACCAUGGUGUCGAAGUCAGAGAUGCUGUGCUACUUCGUGAUCAUCCUGAACCACAUGGUGUCUGCCUCCCUGCUCAGCCUGAUCCUGCCCAUCCUUAUCUUCCUCUGGGCCAUGCUGUCUGUGCCACGCCCAACCAAGCGCUUCUGGAUGACUGCCAUCAUCUACACAGAGCUGAUUGUGGUGGUCAAGUAUUUUUUCCAGUUUGGCUUUUUCCCCUGGACUACCUCGGUCUACCGAGGCAUCAAUGCAGACCGGCCCUUUGCUCUGCCCAACAUCAUUGGGGUAGAGAAGAAAUAUGGCUAUGUUCUCUUUGACUUGAUACAAAUGCUGGCUCUGUUCUUCCAUCGCUCCAUUCUGAAGUGCCACGGUCUUUGGGAUAACAAAGAGGUGGAGAUGCCGGACUUCUUCAAGAAGUUAAAGAAGAAGACGGAGAAGAUUAAGAUGAGUGGAGGAGAAAAAAAAGGGGACGAGCCGAAGCAAAGACUGCCCUGCCUCCCUCUCCCGGCCUCGACUGCGUCCUUGUUUUGCAGAUGUGGAAAAGCCAACUCCACCGAGACAAACGGUGAUAUGCGGCUCACAAAGCGCCACUCCAAGAAGAAGAGGCACCACAAAGUUCCCCUGACCAGGAAGGAGAGCAUCAAAAAGCUGAUUAGAGAAAGGAUGCUGGAGGCUAAAGCUGCUAUCAUUGAAGUUGCCCUGCAUAUAUACCUACCCAUCAGGCAGUUCUUCUAUGACAUAAUUCACCCAGAGUGCAGCCCAGUGUGUGACGUCUACGCUCUCAUGUUUCUGAUUGACGUGGUCAACUUCAUUGUCAUCAUAUUUGGAUACUGGGCGUUUGGGAAACACAGUGCUGGUGCUGACAUCACAGAUGCUCUUGGGGAGGACCAGGUCCCAUCGGCCUUCCUGGUCAUGCUGCUCAUCCAGUUUGGCACCAUGAUAGUGGACCGCGCUCUGUACCUCCGCAAAACCCUAAUGGGAAAAUGUGUCUUCCAAGUGGUGCUGGUGUUUGGUAUCCACUUUUGGAUGUUUUUCAUACUCCCUGGGGUGACUGAGAGGAGGUUCAACAUGAACCAGGUGGCACAGUUGUGGUACUUUGUGAAGUGCAUCUACUUUGGCCUCUCGGCCUACCAGAUCAAGUGUGGCUACCCAAAUGGUGUGCUGGGAAACUUCCUGACCAAGAACUACAACUACCUCAACCUAUUCCUUUUUCAAGGGUUCCGCCUGGUUCCGUUCCUCAUAGAGCUGCGUGCCGUGAUGGACUGGGUCUGGACCGACACCACCCUCAGCCUGGGCAGCUGGAUCUGUGUCGAGGACAUUUAUGCCAACAUCUUCAUACUCAAGUGCUGGAGGGAGUCGGAGAAGAAAUACCCACACAUCCCAGGGCAGAAGAAGAAAAUGGUGGUGAAGUAUGGAAUGGGUGGCUUCAUCAUAUUCUUCCUCAUCAGCGUCAUCUGGUUCCCCCUCCUCUUCAUGUCAUUGGUCAAGUCAGUGGCUGGAGUGACCAAUCAGCCUCUAGAUGUCUCUAUUCAGCUCAGCAUAGCAGGAUAUGAGCCACUGUUCACAAUGAGUGCCCAGGAGCAGAACCUGGUGCCAUACUCAGUUGCAGGCCUCAACCGGCUCAACAACCUCUAUGCCACUCACCCAUCAGCUAUGCAGUUCCUUGGGAACUACAUGGCUGAGGACAUUGUCAUUGCAAAGAUCAAGAGUGAUGCCAGUCUGCUGUGGAGCAUCAGCCCUGCCAGCCGUGACGCUAUGAUCCAUGAACUCAGCAACUCCACCCAUAUCUACAUCACCCUGCGAUGGGUACUACUCAGGAAUGCGUCUCUGUCGAUGAACGUGGAGACCGUGGGGGAACACACUGUGAAGUAUGAGGACCGGGCCCUGAGGGAUCAGAUAGUUCAGAUGCUUAAAGGGACACGCAGUGACUCUGUGAUCAUUGAGUCUCUCCUGCCCAAGUUCCUCAAAGGUUCCGGAGGACCUGUGUCCAAGAUGGCCACCCGUCUGAAAGUAGAACACUCGGAUCGGCCUGAGGACCUGCAGACUUUUGCUUUCUUCUGGCCCCUGUCCAUCAAACUACAGCGCGCAGAAGACAAUGGAAGUGCAGAGGGGGGUCAGUGGUGGAUUGUGGAGCAAUGCACUCCUGGACAGGGGCACAUCCAGAGCAGCUGCCACAAGCUUGAGAUAGUGGUGUUCAACGACAAAGUCAGUCCCCCCAGCCUGGAUGCUCUUGCAGGACAGGGAAUCGUGGGCCUGUACAUGUCUGUGGUGCUGGUCGUCGGGAAGUUUGUCAGGGAAUUCUUCAACGGGAUAUCCCGCUCCAUUAUGUUUGAGGAGCUGCCAUGUGUGGAUCGAGUGUUGAAGCUCUGCACGGACAUCUUUGUUGUGCGAGAGACUGGCGAGAUGGAGCUGGAGGAAACACUGUUUGAGAAGCUCAUCUUCCUGUAUCGCUCACCGGAGACCAUGAUCAAGAUUACCAGAGAGAAGAGCGACUAGAGAGCAUGAUGACAUUUGUUAUGAAGAGGACGAUUUGGCUUUUGGUUCUUAUCUGCGGUGUAUUCAUCACGCCGAUUCUGUUGCAAAAUGUUUGCAACAGAAACCGUUCACUCGAAACAGGGAGGGACCUACCUAAAUUUAAGAACCAAACAGCUUCCAUUGCAAGAUGUAAUGAAUACACCCCUGGAGUUGCACUUUUGAUUGUACAAUGCAUGCAUUUUUUCAGUGACUUAUGAUUUUACAACGUUAGACCAUAGGCCAAUCAGAAGUGUUCCUAAUGUUAAACAAUUUAAUUGAAGAUUAGUUGCAUCAUAGAUACAAAUCUCUUGUAUAAAGCUGAUAGAAAUACAUUAUGUAGAACAG